CCGCGGGGAGCGAACCGGCCGGGCCUGCGCCGCCGGGCCCUCGCUCCGGGGCGGGCCGAGCGCCGGGGGCGCCGGGCGGGAGGGCCGGGCUGCGGAGAGGCCGCGGCCGCUGGGGUUGGGCCGUGCCCGGUGGGUGCCGAGCCGAGCUCGUCUCUGAGCCCGUCACACACCGGUGCUCCGGCCAUUGACCGCGGGGAUCUGUCAGCGGACACAACACUGACUGGUUUUUUUGUUGAGUGAAUGGCACCAGCACUUGUCGAAACUCUGCUUUGCUCUGUGUAGGUUUGUGGAAAACGUAGAUUUCCAAAAUGAAUAAAGAUGCGCAGAUGAGAGCAACCAUUAACCAAAAGCUAAUAGAAACAGGAGAGCGAGAACGCCUUAAAGAGUUGCUGAGAGCCAAGUUAAUUGAAUGUGGCUGGAAGGAUCAGUUGAAGGCACAUUGCAAAGAUGUCAUUAAAGAAAAAGGGUUAGAGCAUGUUACCGUUGAUGAUUUGGUGGCAGAAAUCACUCCCAAAGGCAGAGCUUUGGUACCAGACAGUGUAAAGAAAGAACUCUUGCAAAGAAUAAGAACCUUCCUUGCUCAGCAUGCCAGUCUUUAACUUUGACAUUUAUCUGGGAUACAGUUUCCUGUAUUACAUCAAUCAUGUCACGAUUGGAAUGCAGUUUACAUACUUAAGGAAGAAAAAUCAUUAAGUUUUCUUCGCACUGUAUCAAUUGUUUAAACUUGGUGUUAUUUUAAUAAAAAAUUUUGUGGA